AUGUCCAAUGUGGUAGUGGUUAAUACAAACCCCUAUGAGGGUCAAAAGCCGGGUACAAGUGGUUUACGUAAAAAAGUAAAGGUUUUUCUUCAAGAAAACUAUACGGAAAACUUUAUUCAAAGUAUUUUGGAUGCCAAUAAAGAUGCAAUUGUUGGUUCCACUCUGGUUGUAGGAGGUGAUGGUAGAUACUUGGUCAAAGAGGUUGUGGACAAAAUUAUCAAAAUAUCUGCUGGAAAUGGGGUUUCAAAGCUUUUAGUGGGUCAGAAUGGGAUCCUUUCUACACCUGCUGUAUCACAUAUUAUCAGAAAAUAUCAAACUCUAGGUGGAAUUAUACUUACUGCCUCCCAUAAUCCUGGAGGCAUCAACAACGACUUUGGUAUUAAGUUUAACUGCAGCAAUGGUGGGCCUGCCCCAGACGGCACCACCAACGAGAUCUACCAACUUACCACCACCAUCAAACAGUAUAAAAUUGUGCCGGACAUUAAAUGUGAUAUAGAGAAGAUUGCUAUUAACAGAUUUAAAGUAGAGGAUCAUGAUUUUGUUGUGGAAGUAAUAGACUCUGUGAAAGACUAUGUGGAUUAUAUGAAGGAGAUAUUCGAUUUCCCUAAGAUCAAGUCUCUUCUGCAAGGCUCUGGCCAAAACAAGCCUUUCAAAGUUCUCAUAGAUUCUAUGAACGGAGUAACCGGACCAUAUGUGAAACGUAUCUUCAUAGACGAAUUAGGGGCUACCGAAGACAAUGUAAGGAGGAUCAUACCUCUGGAAGACUUUGGGGGAGCACACCCUGACCCCAACCUGACCUAUGCAGCAGACCUGGUGAAUGCUGUGAAGGAGGGGGAUUACGACUUCGGAGCUGCUUUUGAUGGUGAUGGUGACAGGAAUAUGAUAAUCGGUCGCGACGCGUUCUUCGUGACUCCAUCGGACUCGCUGGCGGUGCUGGCGGUCCACCUGCACCUCAUCCCGUACUUCCAGCGGCGUGGUGUUCGCGGCUUUGCGCGGUCCAUGCCCACGGCGGCCGCGGUGGACCGCGUGGCCCAGGACCUGGGGAAGGAGAUGUUCCAAGUGCCUACUGGGUGGAAAUACUUCGGCAACCUGAUGGACGCGGAGCGGCUCUCCCUGUGCGGGGAGGAAAGCUUCGGCACGGGCUCGGACCACGUGCGUGAGAAGGACGGCGUGUGGGCCGCGCUGGCCUGGCUGGCCGUGCUGGCCGCCGCGCCCACGCCCACGCCCUCCGUGCAGGGCCUGCUGGAGGCCCACUGGAAGAAGUAUGGCAGGAACUACUUUACUAGAUACGACUACGAGGAAUGCCCGAGCGACCCUUGCAACGAAAUGAUGCAAGAGUUGGAGAAGAAGAUGACAUCGCCGGGCUUCGUGGGCUCGCGGCACUCCGCCGGCGGGAAGGCCUACACCGUGGCCCACGCCGACAACUUCUCCUACAUGGACCCCGUGGACCGCAGUGUUGCCAUGAAACAGGGUCUGCGCAUAGUGUUCGAGGACGGGUCGCGCGUGGUGCUGCGCCUCAGCGGCACCGGCAGCUCCGGCGCCACCGUCAGAUUAUACAUAGACUCGUACGAAGAUAUGGACGUACUCGGCGACGCGCAGGACAUGCUGCGGCCAUUGAUAAAGGUCGCGUUGGAAAUUUCCCAAUUACAAAAAUACACAGGAAGGGAUGCGCCUACUGUCAUCACA